AUGCAACCUCCCACCCAAACUACAACAAGGAAGCCCUAUCAAAGGCCCAAAGAGAAACCCAACGUCACAGAAAAAACUGCAAGGUCGGUGAAGGAAAACCCAGCGAAUUUGGAAUCCACCUCCUCCCAGACACAACAACUUCGGACCCGCGGCCUCCAAGCCCUCACAAGAAUGAAUGACCCCAGCUCAUUAUCCUAG